AUGCCCUCCCCCCCCUCGAGAUGGUGGUUGCUCGCCCAGGCCGUCUUCUGGCGCUCUCUGAUGCGCCUCGGCAUGUUCCUGCAUGAUAUCGCCCCUCCACGAGCCCCGUAUCCCUCCUUUGUCCGCUCCUUUCCGUCCGGUUCUGCCCGGGUCACCUUGUCCUUCUACUGUCCGCCCGCCUACGUUGCCGGCCGCAAGGAGGGUCGACGACUUCCCGUCGUCGUCAAUUUCCACGGCGGUGGCUUUACCUUGGGAUCCCCCACGGAUGACAGCCGCUGGGCCCAGGCGAUUAUUGAGGAGGUUGGCGCCGUCGUGGUCAGCGUGGGAUACCGCCGCGCCCCCGAGCACCCCUUCCCCGCCGCCGUCGACGAUGGCGUCCUGGCCCUGCAGUAUCUCUCCACCAAUGCCACCGAGCUGGGCCUCGACGUCUCGCGCAUCGUGCUCUCGGGCUUCUCCGCCGGGGGCAAUCUGGCCGUCACCGUCCCCCUCCGCCUGCGCGCCCUCAUGGCCCACGACGUGCACGACCGCUGGGUGAGCCGGGCCGAUUCCACCCAGGAACUGAUCAACACCGCGGCCAGUGACCUCAACAUCGUCGGUCUGUUCUCCUGGUACCCCAUCCUGGACUUUGAAGAAUCCCGCGACCACCGCCGCGCCAUGAGUGUCAUGCCCAACAAGACCCUACCCAACUUCUUCACCGAUCUCUUUGACGAGGCCUACUUGCCGGAUCGGACGGCGCGCCAGUCGCCCUACGCGUCCCCCGUCCGGGCCCACGACGACAUCCUGGCCGAUGCCCUGCCCCGCGACAUCUUCCUCUACAUCUGCGAAUGGGACAUGCUCCUCAACGAGGGCCAGCACUUUGUCCGCCGCCUGCUGAACAUCAACAAGCACGUGCGCGCCAUGAUGAUCGAGAAGGAGCCGCACGCCUGGGACAAGUCCCCCAAUCCCUUCCGGGACCAGAAGAAGGUCAACAUCCUCUACCGCGAUGCCUGCGCGGAUAUGAAGGCCAUUUUCGAGAAGUCAUCCUAG